AUAGACAAUAUUAUAUCCCUAUAUACUCAAGAAUGACAUCGAAUGGAGUAAAAAGCGUUUUAAAGAGCGAGUUUUCCUGGAAGAAAUUGUCUCUCAACUUUACCAACAAAGACGAAAGUAUUCACAGGUCAUGGAUUCUUCCUCCGUGGUCUCUGUUGAUGCUCCGCCUCGCUCUGACUACGUUUUGCAUUGCGAUUACACUCGUAAGUGGUGUACGAACAGCAGAUCCAAGAUGGUUUAUUUAUCUCACAAACUGGAGCUUACUCCUACUAACGAUGGCUUUGGCAGGUCUUACAUUCAUUAGCAUGAUCCCCAUGCACGGAAGAAUAAAGAAUUCUGAAACUACUACAGGUACUGAAGACGAGCAAGAGAUGCGCACUCGCGGUGAAAUAACGGAGCCUGAACGACGGCCAGCUCAAAGUGAAGUAAAUGAAGCCGUGGAAUCAAAUUCAUUGGUUUGGUACGAGAAAGGAGUAUGGAUUCUGUGGAUUGUUUCAUCAAAUGCUGCAUUAGUUGUUACUUUAAAUUAUUGGGUUCUGAUAUUCGAACCCCCGACAGAUUUCAUGGAUAUUGCUGUCCAUGCACUCAAUUCCUUUGUCGUGUUGGUAGAGUUGUUCACUGCUAAUACGCCUGUCCGUAUCCUUCACGUGUUGUAUGUGAUGAUAUUUUCAAUAGCGUAUAGUUUAUUCAGUGUUAUUUUCUGGGCGGCUGGAGGAGUGACCGUUAAUGGUGAUCCUUUUAUAUACAAGGUUUUAGAUUACGAAAAUGGCGACCCUGGACAAAUCUCGGCUGCAAUGCUAGCCACUGUAUUUGUAAUAUCGCCAAUUUUUCAAUUUGUUUUGUUUGGUCUGUAUCGAUUGAGGUGUUUUAUUCGUAGCCAGAAGAGGAAUGGAACCAAUAGUUUUCCUCUCUAGAAUUACAAACAUCACCACACCUUGUAUGUGAUGUGUGAGUCGAUUGGACAAAGUUUUAUAUUGAUUGUCACGGCAAUACUAUUGAAGCCUCGCUCGCCUAUCGCAUUUACUACUUUAUUCUAAAUUAUUAACUGCCUGCCUUGCAGACAUUUUUAUUUUUUACCACCAUAUGCAUAUAUUUAAUUCAACAGAU